AUGGCACCCGAACCUCCCGCACAAGCCGAAGUGGCCCAGCAAGAAGUAGAGCAACAACAAACAGAACAAGAAGCCCCUGGGAGCCCUCCCCUCCCCCAGCGUCACACAGCCGUAUCCCCCGGUCCCCGCGCAGCGCGUCUACAAGAGCUCUAUGCGCGAUCACUGAAAAAGACGCUGGGAAAGGUCGGCUGGCAGAAUGUCGCAGGGUGCUACCCUACUAUUGCGAAAAGGGCGGAGGGUGUGCUCAGACAGGUCCAGGGACAGAUGGUUGAUAAGUUAGGCGAGAAGUGCGAGAAAGAGUUUGAGAAUAUCAUGGUUUCGAGACAGGUUGUUCCCAAACUGAAUGACCUCGAGAGUCUUAUUAGCGAUGCAUCGCGGCGACGGGCAGAAUCGACGACCGAACCACCAACACCACCUCAUGUGCUUCCUCCACCCACUAUCCUCGCCGCCCAUCUCACGCCUACACUCACGGCCCACCAAUCGCAGCUCAAUGCACGCCUACAAACGACACAAUCACAAAACGCACUGUUAUACGAUGAAGUACAACGACAAAGAGAGGAGAUUCGAGCCCUACUUGAUACUCUAGAGGCUGUGGUAGCAGAUGUCCAAGGCGCGAACGAUGCGCUGCGACCAGUUGUGAACGAUGUUGCUGCCGAGACGAGGCAGGGAAUUGCAGCCGUUGAAGCGGCAAAUGGAGGAAAGCAGGGGCAACAAGGAGGGACGAAUUAA